AUGGAAACCGUCGACACGCGAUAUUGGCCUAUCUUUGGGAAGCACUCUUCGAUGUACGCUACAAUCAUGGCGUUUCGGUUAGCUUGUAUAGCUCAGCCAGGAUCGCCUGAACAACGUCGGCUGCAACAAGCUAUCCGGGAUGGCGUGGCUCUGGUCAAAACUUGGUCCAUGUUCCCGAAAGACAACUUCGGUCGCUUUUGCUCCCAUAUGCGCUAUCUCACCCGGAAACUGGGAAGUAAUCAGAAAGACCCUGUUCCAACGCUAUGGUCAAUCGGAGCAUCCGUGGAGGAAUGCCAAUCCGGGUUCGGAAGUCCAUUCUACAAACCUGUUGUCAAGUCACGCAUGGCAGCCAACAUUACGUAUGAUACUAUCUGGGCCAGCAGGCAUGCCAUUUCGGAAGAGGAGCAAAAGUCUCGGGCGAUAGGAAAUCAAGCACGAGAUCAACCUUCAGGAGCUGCCCUCACUAACGUUAACCACCACUCACCAAUGAGGUCUACCGAUGUUUCAGGACAACCUCCCUUGGACUUUCUCCUUGAUGACAGCGCCUUUCUCUUCGAUGAAGGCUCAGACUUUAUGAACCUUAUUGAAGGCUGGGGAAACUUGGUCGGCAACUCUUAA